CCAGUCAUAAUAAAUAUACAUGGAAAGUCAUAAGAAUCUACCACUUAAAGGAUCUACAUCACUUGCUCAAGCAAAGUCUUCUAUGUCUACAAGGCCAAAGUCCAAUAUGAAUAAUGCACAGUCAAGUUCUGUGGUACGGCCUACUGUGUGUAAGCUGAACAUCUCAAGCUCUGAGGAAAACCAGUACAACAAUUUGUCUGUGGAGGAAAUUAUAGGUUUGGGAGAUGACAGUCUUGGUCUGAAGGUUGUAUUAACUACAAAAGAAGAGGCCUACAUGGGUGUCAUCAACUAUGUACUGCCAGCUAGUAGACGAUUGGCAUUAGAGAAGGUGUGUAACCCCAAGACAGGCAAGAAACAUCCUGGCCUUAAGACUAUCUUCUUUCACAACGUCUUAAACAUCUCGGUGAUUGGUGAAAACAAGGAAGCUCGGCAACGACUGCUGAAGGAUGUGUAUCAUGAAGAUCAGAGAGGCAAACAACUUCUGAUGAAGAAGAUUGUGCACCCACACAUAACUAAAUUACAUAAUGAAACCACUGAAAUAGAUGAAGAUAUACUUCUUGGCAGAGUGGAACAGAAGUCCCUGACUAACAAUAUUUCUACAGAGAAAGAUGUACCUCCAC